UCUUUACUAAAGGAAAACAACGUUGUUGAUGAAACAUUAAAACGUGUGACCUUUCAUUGGAAACCAAGCAUAGCUCAUGUUGAGCUAGGAUGUAUUCACUGCCAAGGGGACCUACUAAAAUUAAUACUGCAACACGGAAUGUGAGAGGUCUUCCUAAACAAAGAGACAACCUAGAUUUUUACGAAUCUCAGCAUGGUAAAAAACGUCAAGAUGGGUUUCAUCAUAAUCAUAUGAAUAAACCAAGACCUACUUUCAAUGGCCAAAAGGUGCCUAACAGUUCUAACAACCAUAUUGCAAGAUUUACAAGAGAACCAGUAGAAUUUGAAUCACAGCAACACGAAGAAAUCUGCACUUACUUCUCUGAAUCCUGGAAAAAAGUCUUCAAAGAAUGUGAGAACAGUAAAAGGAAAGACCAAGAAAGUGGACCGCUGUGGUAUAAGGAGAAAACACCCAACCCUAAAUUAUUGAACUUUAAACCGUUUGAUUUGGAUGAUUGGUAUUGGCAGAGAUAUUUGAAGAAAGUGACUGAAUCCUAAAUUCAUGCCUUAUUCGAAUGUUCUAUGUGUGUUCUGUGUGUCUGUUGUUUGUUUUCAGCUAUAAUUGUUUUUGUAGAGAGUAUACAUUUAUUACAUUAGUAUCAUAAUUAUUUCAGAUGAAUAUUUUAAUGUACAUAAUGAAAUAUUAAUAAAUCUUUUAAAUUUUA